AUGGCGCCCAUAGAGACCCAACCGCUGCUACCCAAGUCCCUCCCUUCACCGACGACAGUGGCGCAGGAACCGAGCAAACCGAGAGGCGCCAAUCGUUCCACCAAAGUCGCUGGGAAGCUAAAGGUCCUUCCUGAAGAGGAAGUGCGCCUUGAAAUUCCUAGCCCGCGGACUGGAGUGCCGAAGCCCAGUGUAGAGACGGUGGAGGAGAGCGAUGAGGAGGCGGAUGAGGAGGACGAAGGAGAAUUGGAGGAGGCGGAGCCUGAGGAUGUCGAGACGUACAACCAGAUUGCCCUCAUACCAGAAGGGACGGCACGCCGCGAUGCUCUGCGCCUUACCAAGAAGAAAGCCAAGGCACUACCUAGAGUGACUGCGUAUGCUACAUGCAGCUCCUACCGGCUGCCCGACUUACUCAAGUUCUUCAACGCACGCCGCGAAUCGUACCAUACGAAUGCCCGCUUGAUAGACGAAGUGAUAUACACUCCAUACGCAUACGAGCUACCAUCCUCCACACAAAAUCCCAACCACCCUCGUUCUCAGACUGCAGCAGAGGGCGACCUUCUAGGCGUGCCGGAGCUCGCUAAUCCAAAUCUUGGCGCCAAUGGGGAGGACGGGGAUGUGACUAUGCAUACAAUCAAGCAGAAGCGGAAGCGCUCGAGUAAAUGGUUCGAGCCACCCACCGAAGCGGAGAUAUUCAUAUUCGAGUAUGGGACUGUCGUGAUAUGGGGAAUGUCAGAGGCGCAGGAGAAACGGUUCUUGUCAUCAAUAAAACGAUUCGAAGUCGAGAAACUAGCGCCCGACGACAUCGAGAUGGAGGAUCUUAAUUAUUAUUACGCGAACUACAGUCGGAUAUAUAAUGACGUUAUCACGCUUCGGAAAGGCUCUAGCUACAUGACAAAACUCUCACUGUCGCAUGCACUAUCGCAGUCCGUCAAAAUAUCUCUGUUCGAAUCCCUUAUAUCAGCCACUAUAGAGGAGACCAAGGACAUCCCUGAGAUCAUGGGCGAGACGGGCAAGAUUGGCAUGCCGCAUAAAGAGAUUAUGCGCAAGAUGGGUGAACUGUUCCUGUUACGGACAAACAUCAACUCUGUCGGAUCCGUCUUGGAUUCUCCGGAAGUGUUUUGGACUUACCCUGACUUGCAGCCGCUGUACGAUGCCGCUCGUAGUUACCUUGAGAUACCGCAGCGAAUUAAUCUAUUGAAUACCCGUGUCGAGGUCCUCCAAGACAUGCUUCAACUGUUGAAGGAGUCUGUCUCUAGUCGGCACUCCGAGAGGCUCGAACAGAUCGUCAUUGCUCUCAUCGGGGUGGAGAUUGUGCUGGGCAUUAUCACGAUUUUAGUUGACCUUUUCUUAUGAGUCUCCCGGUCGGCCAAGUCAUUACUCCAAAGUGGCCUUCAUUGCCACGACUGAUAUUCACGCUUGACGGACGGUAGACCCUCUUGCAUUGUAUAAAUUACACAUUGCCGCAUAUCUCCUGCCGUAUAAUACAUGCACAAUCUAGCAUAUGGAGAGGAGCCUGGGCGAAACGGGUACGACAACCGACGCUAUCGGCCGUCUUUCGUGGCCCGACUUCUCGUUCUGUCUCUGGCUUUGUCCUUCCCAUCCUUCCCGUCUUUGGUAUUCCUUUCCUUGUUUUGCCUAAAGCAAAGGAAUUCGAUCCCAGUAGCCCUCCGAGUGUCUGCCAGCGUCUUCUUGACGCCGUCCAGGUGCGUCUGCAGAUCCUCGUCUCCGGGACGGCGGGAGUACGCUUGCGAUAUUUUAUGAUACAAGUCUGAGAGGGUCUUCUCAGCGGUCGGCGUGACGUAGCGGUUGACGGUCUGGUGCAGGAAUUCGAUUUCGAGGGUUGCCCUCAGCAUACCACCCAUACCGAACUUCUUGACCUGCCGGAAGCAACGUAAUGCUUCCUCGGCAACAUGUUCAACUAAUGAUUUCAGAGUACGAUCCAAGAGUGGGGCAGCUGCCGUGUUAACCUGGUUGUGAACUCCCACGAGAUACAUCAACGUCUCAAACAUGUAUGGUCGUAUUUCUGUGGGUUGAGGCGUCUCGUACCAAUCAAUGUCACUGUCGAGAAUGCCGUUGCGGAUCAUGCCCUUCACUACUGCGGCCUUCGGGCUGAUAUAGCUAUCAAACAGAGUCUUGUCGAGUUCUUGGACCACAGUCAUUAGCGUCUGUUUAUCUUGUUCCAUAGAGAUUGAAAAAGCAGUCUCGAGCUCGGAGAUCAUGGCCGGGAUGAUGACACGUUGAAGGUGACCAAAGUUUGACACAACCAACAACAAACGGUUGUCGGUAUUAGUCAAGUCCAGCAAUUCUAAGGGAUUGACAGCGGAUGCUGCUCCUACUUCCGGAGCAGGCGGUUUGUCACUUGCCA